CCUUCUCCCUGAGUCUAUUCAAUGCAGUAGGGACAAAUACUAAUAGUUUCUGCUCAAGAGGGGAAUAACGACAGGUCACUGCUGGUGUUAUGGGUGCAGAAAGGCACAACAAAUGUCCAGCACAUCCACACUGAACGGAGGUCAGUAAUGACAUCAAUUGGGUAUUGUCUGACACUUCCAAGUUCCUAACAACAUAACCAUGGCGACAGGAAGAAAAGGCUCCACCUCUAAAGCGGGUGGGGUGCGUUUCCCUGAUGAUGUCGAGCCCCCCGGCUCUCCAACUCGCAGAGAUGACCUGUCAAACCUCUCUACUCUCAUUGCUGUCCUAGAGAAGGAUGGCAGCUACUUAGUCAAGGCUGGUUUCCUGAAGAGCCACCACUGUUAUGAGAUUAUCUUCACCAUCCCAGAUGUCCCCACGCUGGGCAAAGAGCUCUCCUGUGUUCCUUCCUCCUCUCCGACUCGGAGGUCUCCCAGUCUCCGGGUCCAUCAUAUUAACUCCACACUGGAAGGAGGAGUAAAGGUGACAUGUGAGUACAGGACUCACCAGGAGGGGGUGCUGCAGGAGCAGAUCACUAUGGUAACCAGAGGGAGAAGAGACAGCAGUCUGAAGGUCAGACUUCAGGCCAGGGUCAUUGACCCUCACCAUGGGACUCCCAUGCUGCUGGAGGGGGUGAGAUGCCUGGGUGCUCGGAGAGACGCCCACACAAAGCACAGCAGCGACCGUAAGAGGUUGUGAUCAAAAGACACACACAUACAGUACAUGUAUUUACAACAGUAUUAUUCAGUGACUGGGCCGAGACACAGAGUGCUAGUACACUCAAACAUCAAAAUUUGUAGAUACACUUGACUGGAAAAUAAUAGGUCUGUGUGAUGCUAUGUUUUACUAUUGUGAAAUUCCAAGUAUUCCUUGGAAAGUAAUAGAUAGAACGAAUACUGUAAUUAAAAUUGAUGUGUUUUCACAACAAUCAUGCUGAGUCAUGGGUCCAAAACUAUAGUUGCUUGAUAAUGAGACUCUGCAGCUCUGGAUGGGCAUUUGAUCCAAUUUAGAUAGCCAUGAAGCCUCUGUUGUUAGAGAGGUACAGUAAACCAGCACUGAACACAUGCCAGCCUGCACACACACACAUACACAUCAAGUAGAAAUAAAAAUAAUGAUGAGCACCGCACAUAUUAGACUACAACUGCAAAUAAAGAGAUGAUCAUUUUUUCAGCAAUGUCCCCACUUCCUUUACUAUGUGUACCACUUACCAUUAAGAACAUUCUUCAGAAUAUGGUACAGUAUGUUUGUUUGUAUGCUUGUGAUAUACACCCCAAAACACAGUAGACUUGCAUAAUGGUAAUAAUUGCAAUAAUUUGGUAGUUUUAUGAGUGUUACUGAUCCAAGCCAGUCACUCAUCUGUUACUUAAAUGGCUUCAAAAGCAGAGCCAGCUGGCCUGGUGUCACCCACAUUUCUUUCAGGUCUUCUCCUAAGUUUACUAUUUGCAGGCAGUAAUGUUGAAAUUCAACAUAAGUCAAAUCACAGUAAGGAAUUUGCUAAAAACUAGAUGUUGUUAGCAAGGUUUGUGCAGGAUGACCCAUUGACUGAUUUCACCUUAUGUUUGCCCCAAUAGAAUUCUCACUGUAUUACUGACCAAUCAUGUUAAGACAAUGAAUUAAAUUUAAGUGACUGGAGUUUAGUUGGGACCACUUGCUCAAGUGCACUUUAGCAGCAUUGACAGUUUGCAAUAAGAGCCACUUGUGACUGCACAGCAGCUUUCUUAACCAAUCCACCUGUCUGCCAUCACACUUUACAAUCCCAUGACAAAAUGGGGGUAUGCCAUUCCUCUAUUUCUAAGUAGCCAUAAAUGAUGAUGCCAUAAAAAGAUGAAAUCAUGAGGACUUUCCAUAUAACCACACUGUCAGUAUGUAUUUUUUUUUAGCUGUGGCUGGCUAUUAAAUGUCUAUAAAAUGCAAUAUUUCAUUUCAAAGUAUUAAACAGCAUGAUACUAUUUAAAUAAUUUACAUCAUAACAUCAUUCUUCAAGACCAAUAAUAUUUAUUUGUUGCUGUUUGUGGCGCAUUAUUGAGUCUUAAUUGAAAACAAUCUGUCACUCUCUGACUGGACAGGACAUGUCAUUAUUAUGAUUAUUAUUAUCAUCUGCACAUCUUUUAUAACUAAGGAGUACUUUGCAUUUUUUGUUCUGGAAAAAAAUAUUUAUCUGCCUUAAGCUUAUUUCUGUUGACGUCAGCAUAGUAUUCUUCAUGUGAUGACAGCUUUCAUCAGCAAAUGAUACAUGUCAAGUGUGAGUCGUUUUAAAGACACUGCUAAUGUUGAAACAGAGAAAGAGAUUCAAGAGUUUGCCCCUUAUAUUUGCAUGAUUUAUAUGUCAUGAAGUGUAAAUGAAUCAACUGUCCUGACCAAACAACUACGACUGGCCAGGUGAAUGAUGAUGAGCCUUAGUGGUGACAGAAUGUGUGAAAUGUUUUUGUUUUGUUUUUACCAUAUUGUAUUUAUCACAUUGUAACUUCAACAAAAGAAAGCUGCAAACAAUAGUGUUACACUUGUUUAUUACAGGAAUAGACCAAGUAUUAGGUAGAUUGUCUGAUUUGAAUAAGGUUUGAACAAGACUACUAUAACACUACUAUAAUGUGUUCUUGGUAGAUCAUCAGCGCCAUGCCAACAUUUCAGCACAUACUCUGUUGAGUCGUGCUAGCCCUUAAGCAUACAAUACAUGAGUGAUUACAUGCUGUGUAGCCUAUUGAGUAGUGGCAGUUAGUGCUCAUUUAUAAAUUGCUCUUAAAUUGAAAUUGCAAUUUGAAAAUCUUUAGAGCUGUGAUGGUAACUAAGCCAUCAGUAAUUGCCAAAUAAAAAUGAUGGCAUUAUUAACAAUAUCUCAGCAAGCUGGCAGUCGAGUGUAAUGACAACUGUCACAGGAAAAUAUAGCUCUCACAAACUAACAUGAAUUCUGUGAUUUGACCAAACUACAAAAUUGAAGAUUUGGCUGUUGCCUUGCUCCUCAUGUCACUGUCUGUGCUACCUACCUACAACAGACCAAGGAGAGAGAGAGAGAGAAAAAAGAAACAUUCAUCAUAUUCAUAUAGAAACAAGAUAAUUUUAUGAUUGUGGUUGAUACAAACUUAUCUUGUUCAAUACUAAGCAGACAACAGACAGACUUUGAGAUUUUGAGACUUUGAGAUUUUUUUAUAGACAGUAAUUACACAAACACAAUAUUGGUCAGAAAAAUCACAAUUGGAUAUUUUCCUCAAAUCAUUCAGCCCUAGUGGCAGUUAAGCAAAGCUAAGUUGAGGCUGGUCGGCUUCAUAGUAACACUUUUUCAUACCAGUGGUAUGUACUCAACAUUGAAUGUUUACUGUAAGUGUUGGAAUAGAGCUCUGAUGCCUCUGAUCUACCAAAUGAUUAAUGAUUCUCAGUACAUUUUCUGUUCAUUUAGACAUUGUUGAUAGUGGAUGUGUGGCCUCCACGGUGUGUGUGCGUAUCAUGGUGUAAUACAGUAAGUAUUCUUUUGCAUUUGUGUCUAUAAGGACUAUACCAUUUGUCUGUUUACCUGACCAUAA